GCGUCGGUAUUUUGCGGGCAACUGACUCUCCCAGCUGCUGUAAUUGCUGCUGCGGGAGAAAUUGGAGCUGCUGUCGUCUGCGCGCCCGCCCUCCCCCACAGAGAGCCGCCGCCUCUUCUCUCGCUCUCCUUGUACACCUAUCGCCCGGAGCGGCGGCUGCAACAGUCCCUGGACCCACCGCCGCCUCCUCAGGCUGCCGCUCGGCCGGUCAUUCCCACAGCCCGGCAGCUGACGGCGGCCCCCUGCCCCUCACCGGCUCCUCACUCUAGAUCGUCUCCCCCGUCCCUCUCCUCGCCUGGGACCCACCUUCCCACGGUCUCGCCGGGGUGGAAGACGACGAGGAGGAGACGAAAGUCACCCUCCCUGCAGGCGGCGCCGGCCCCCUCACCCGCGGGUGUGUCCUAUAAAUGGCGUCGGAAAGCGACACCGAGGAAUUCUUUGAUGCCCCUGAAGAUGUGCACCUAGGGGGCGGCUACCCUGUGGGGUCUCCAGGAAAGGUUGGGAUUUCAACAUUAAAGGAAACUGAGAGUACUGCACACAAAGUUGGAAAUGAGUCUCCUGUACAAGAAUUGAAACAAGAUGUGUCUAAAAAGAUUAUUGAAAGCAUUAUUGAGGAGAGUCAGAAAGUACUACAGCUGGAAGAUGACUCGUCGGAUUCCAAAGGAAAGGGACACUCUGACCAGGCUACUGGCAGUUCUCUUGUAGCUGGAACAGAUCUUAGCAAUAUACCUGGACUGUUAGCCAUAGAUCAGGUACUACAGGAAGAUUCCAAAAAGGCAGAGAGUCAGAAUGCAAUUGAAGAAACUGAAUUAGAAUCAAAAAGAUGUUUUCCUUCUGAUGACACCUAUGAGAAGUCAGUAGAUGAAAUCACUAAGUUAACUGAAAUAAGUUCAACUGAGCAGCAUAAUGUGCCUGAAACUGAAACAGAAGUAUUGAACAAAGAAGCCAUGGAAGUCAAAGGAAGUGAUGUUCUAGAACCUGUGUCCUCAAACUCUUCAUCUACUAAAGAUUUUGCUGCCAUGGAAGAAGUGGCUCCCGCCAAACCCCCAAGACAGCUUACUCCAGAACCUGACAUUGUGGCUAGUACAAAGAAGCCUGUUCCAGCACGCCCUCCCCCUCCAACUAAUUUCCCACCUCCUAGGCCCCCGCCUCCAUCUCGACCUGCUCCACCACCAAGAAAAAAGAAAAGUGAAUUGGAGUUUGAGGCCCUUAAAACGCCUGAUCUAGACGUUCCCAAAGAGAAUAUUACAUCUGAUACUCUCCUAAGUACGAACAUGGCUUCAGAGAAUACAGUCAAGGAUUCUCAGCCUUCUCUUGACUUGGCAAGUGCUACCAGUGGAGAUAAAGUAGUUACUGCCCAGGAAAAUGGAAAAGCACCUGAUGGGCAGACCAUAGCAGGUGAAGUGAUGGGCCCUCAGAGACCUAGAUCCAACUCUGGGAGAGAGCUUACUGAUGAGGAAAUUUUAGCCAGUGUCAUGAUUAAGAACCUGGAUACUGGAGAAGAAAUACCUUUGAGUCUUGCAGAAGAGAAACUGCCAACAGGUAUUAAUCCUCUCACUCUACACAUCAUGAGAAGGACUAAGGAAUAUGUAAGUAAUGACGCGGCACAGUCAGAUGAUGAAGAGAAGUUACAGUCUCAGACAACAGAUACUGAUGGUGGAAGGUUAAAACAGAAAACGACUCAACUAAAGAAGUUCUUAGGAAAAUCAGUAAAGAGAGCAAAGCACCUUGCAGAAGAAUAUGGUGAACGUGCUGUGAAUAAAGUUAAAAGUGUUAGAGACGAAGUGUUUCAUACUGAUCAAGAUGAUCCUUCAUCGAGUGAUGAUGAAGGAAUGCCAUAUACAAGACCAGUCAAAUUCAAAGCAGCGCAUGGUUUCAAAGGACCUUAUGAUUUUGAUCAGAUCAAAGUGGUGCAAGAUCUUAGUGGUGAGCAUAUGGGAGCUGUUUGGACCAUGAAAUUUUCUCACUGUGGCCGAUUACUUGCCUCAGCUGGACAAGACAAUGUAGUGAGAAUAUGGGCUUUAAAAAAUGCUUUUGACUAUUUCAACAAUAUGCGAAUGAAAUACAAUACUGAAGGACGUGUGUCCCCGUCACCUUCUCAGGAAAGUCUGAAUUCAUCAAAGUCUGAUACAGAUACAGGGGUAUGCAGUGGAGCUGAUGAAGACCCUGAUGAUAAAAAUGCACCAUUUCGGCAGCGGCCGUUUUGCAAAUAUAAAGGACACACCGCUGAUCUCCUUGAUCUUUCAUGGUCUAAAAACUACUUCCUGCUUUCUUCUUCGAUGGAUAAAACGGUCAGGUUAUGGCACAUUUCCAGAAGAGAAUGCCUUUGCUGUUUUCAACAUAUAGAUUUUGUCACUGCCAUAGCUUUCCAUCCAAGAGAUGACAGGUAUUUUCUAAGUGGGUCAUUGGAUGGAAAGCUCCGUCUUUGGAACAUACCUGACAAAAAAGUCGCUUUGUGGAAUGAAGUAGAUGGUCAAACAAAAUUGAUCACAGCUGCAAAUUUCUGUCAGAAUGGCAAAUACGCCGUGAUUGGGACAUACGAUGGCAGAUGUAUUUUCUAUGAUACAGAGCAUUUGAAAUACCACACACAAAUACAUGUCCGAUCUACCAGAGGACGCAACAAAGUUGGAAGAAAAAUUACUGGCAUUGAACCUUUACCCGGAGAAAAUAAGAUACUGGUAACCUCAAAUGACUCCAGAAUCAGACUAUAUGAUCUUAGAGAUUUGUCACUGUCCAUGAAGUAUAAGGGUUAUGUCAACAGUAGCAGCCAGAUCAAAGCAAGUUUCAGCCAUGAUUUUAGUUACCUCGUUAGUGGCUCAGAAGAUAAGUAUGUUUAUAUCUGGAGUACUUACCAUGAUCUCAGCAAGUUUACUUCAGUCAGGAGAGAUCGUAAUGAUUUUUGGGAAGGUAUUAAAGCACAUAAUGCCGUUGUUACAUCGGCCAUCUUUGCUCCAAACCCAAGUUUGAUGUUGUCUUUGGAUAUACAAUCUGAAAAAUCAGAAGGGAGUGAAAAAGGUGAAGAUGCUGAAGUUUUGGAUACCAUGCCCUCUGGUAUUAUGAAGACAGAUAAUACAGAAGUUCUUCUUUCUGCUGACUUCACUGGAGCAAUCAAAGUGUUUAUUAACAAAAGGAAAAAUGUAUCUUAAUUUGAAAUGACAUUUAAAAUAAAAAUAUCAAGCGCUGCCGGGACUAGAGAAGAAUAAGGCAACAUCCUGUGCCAGAAGAGCUCACAGUCUGGCGGAGAAAGAUGCUCACAGAAACAAGUAAGAGACUUGGAACUGUCUUGUGGCUGUGGCCCUAGAAAUGCCCCUUCUCACCCUAACCCCUGUCUGCUCCACCCUUCCUAGUAACUCAUGGCAGCCACUUGAUCUCAGGCCAACCUUUGUUCAUCUGAUAUUACCAGCAGCAAGCAUAAUAUGGGCAACAGAGUUUAUAAGUAAGCCAGAGGUAAGGCAGAGAAAAUGGAGUACCCUCUGUGGCAACAUUUUCCCUGGUCUCUGGUCCUCUCCUCCCAGCCUGAAAUCUUUGUCUUAUUUCCCCCAAAAAUCUUAACUGUCUUUUGCUUUGAGCUAACUCCAGCUUAAUAGACCCCUCCCCUCAACUGUUCUCCUCUUCCCUUCGGUUCUGAAGCUUUGCCUGUUUUGUUUUGUUCUCUAGAUUUGAGUCAUCUGUGCUCCUGGGGAACCCAGGCUCCGCUUGUUAACCACAGGCACUUUUCUGGCAUAGAUUUAUGCACAUGAAAUACAUUCAGGUUGAUGCAGCAGGGUCGAGGGAGGUGGAAGUGUAAACAUGAAGGGAAAGAUCUAUCGCAGGGUCCCAAAUGCCAUCAUGUAAGUUACUAGGGUGGUCCAAGCAGAUAGUUUGCUCAUAAAUCCGGCUACCCUGCAUUACUUUCUUUUAAAUAAAAUUUUUAUUUUGGAAUAACUUUAGAUUUACAAAAAAGUUGCAAGAUAAUACAGAAUUCCCAUAUACUCCUUUCUCAGUUUCCCCUAAUGUUAACAUCUUAGAUUACCUUGGUGCAUUAGUCAAAACUAAGAAACCAACCCUGGUACAUUACUAUUAAGUAAAGUCCAGACUAUUCAAACUGCACCAGUUUUUCCACUAGUGUCCUUUUUCAGUUCUAAGAUCCAAUACAGAAUACCAUAUUGCAUUUAGUCAUAUUAUGCUUUCUUAAUUUAAAUAAACAUUUUAUUUUAGAACAUUAAGGGGCGCCUGGGUGGCUCAGUCGGUUAAGCGCCUGACUUGAUUUUGGCUCAGGUCAUGAUCUUGGGGUCAUGGGAUCGAGCCUUACAUCGGGCUCCGCUGCGCUCGGAGUGGAGUCUGCUAGAGAUUCUCUCUGCCCCUUCUCCCCACCCUCAAAUAAAUAAA